UUCCAGUGAAAAGUGUUACUGUGUAUAAUCGAGCUAGAAGCUUAGCAGGAGAUCUGUUAGUCCAAAUAACGAGUGUCUCGGAGCCACAGGACCUUCGCUGUUGUCGUUAGGCCACAAUCUGCUAAGAUGACAGAGCUAAGGCACCGUGGAGCCAGAGACACCGACCCAACGUUACAACAGCAGGCGUCAGAGGACAAGGGUUCAGACGGGGAGCUGAAGUUGGAAAAAGAUGGGGUGUCUGACAGCGAGUCCAAGUUGGACUCAGGGGUCCCAGAGGUUCCGGUCCCUGCUGACGACACCCCUGUGGUUCUGAACAAGGCCCUGUCUGGACUCUCUUCAAGAUGGAAGAACUGGUGGGUACGAGGCAUCCUCACCUUAGCCAUGAUCUCCUUCUUCUUCCUCAUCAUCUACCUGGGCCCCAUGGUGCUUAUGAUGAUUGUCCUCUGUGUUCAGAUCAAGUGCUUCCAGGAAAUCAUCACCAUCGGUUACAGUGUGUAUCACUCCUACCACCUGCCCUGGUUCAGGACGCUGAGCUGGUACUUCCUGCUGUGUGUGAACUACUUCUUCUAUGGUGAGACCGUGACUGAUUACUUCUUCACACUGGUGCAAAGGGAGGAGCCGCUCCGCAUCCUCAGCAAAUACCACCGCUUCAUCUCCUUUGCCCUCUACCUCACAGGUUUCUGCAUGUUUGUGCUGAGUUUGGUGAAGAAACACUACCGCCUUCAGUUCUACAUGUUUGGUUGGACCCAUGUGACUCUGCUGAUUGUGGUGACUCAGUCUCACCUUAUCAUUCACAACCUGUUUGAGGGCAUGAUUUGGUUCAUUGUGCCAAUUUCCUGUGUGAUCUGUAAUGACAUCAUGGCCUACAUGUUUGGUUUCUUCUUCGGCCGCACCCCUCUCAUCAAGCUAUCGCCUAAGAAGACGUGGGAGGGAUUCAUCGGUGGAUUCUUCUCCACCAUCGUGUUUGGCAUCAUGCUCUCCUAUGUGAUGGCUGGCUGCCGCUACUUUGUGUGUCCGGUGGAAUUCAACAACGACUCCAAUAGCUUCCAGGUGGACUGUGAGCCAUCAGAGCUUUUCCAGCUCCAGGACUACGCCCUGCCCAGCGUCCUGGAGUCUGUCACUGGAUGGACAACAGUGCGUCUCUAUCCAUUCCAAAUACACAGCAUUGCUCUCUCGUCCUUCGCCUCCAUCGUAGGACCCUUUGGUGGCUUCUUUGCCAGCGGCUUCAAGAGAGCCUUCAAGAUCAAGGAUUUUGCCAACACAAUCCCGGGUCAUGGCGGCAUCAUGGACAGAUUUGACUGCCAGUACCUCAUGGCCACAUUUGUAAAUGUCUACAUUGCUAGCUUCAUCAGGGGCCCCAACCCCAGCAAAGUCAUCCAGCAGCUCCUGGCUCUCCGUCCCGAUCAGCAGCUCCACAUCUUCAACUCCCUGAAGGCUCACCUGACAGAGAAGGGUCUGCUGCCAGCGCUGGAGGAGGCCGCCGCCUAGAGCCACCCCCGCCCGCACCGGCUCGCCCUGAGAGGGAGACCAGCGAGGAGGGCAGAACCCGAGGGCCCUGCGCAGCCCCAGAGCUCUGGGACACUCGCAGCGCCUCGUGUGAGCGAGAACACAUCCAAGAAAAAAAAAAUCAAAACAAACAAAACCUUCAGCCUUGGGUCAUUCCAUUUCAUUUGGGUGUGAGAGUCGAGCGUAUUUGUGUUCAGACUGUCUGUGAAUCAUGUUUCUGACACCAGUGUUUCAGGUUGAGUUAGUCAAUUACUGUACUGUUACACAUUUCCAUUAUAGCCAACUUCUGUCUAUUCACACUGUUGAACAAAACGUUGGUCAGCUGUACAUUUCUACUUGUAUACAAGAUAACCUCUAUAUACCUAUUAAUGUGUGUUAAUAUUUUAUUGUACUUUUUUGUUUUUGUUUUAAUGCACUGCUCUCAACCCAGUUACUCACUGUAUUGUUAUCCCAGCUACACCCCCUCGCCGAAUUUAGGUUUUAAUUUUCUUUAUCGUGAUCGUCUCUAUUUAUACAUAGAUGGUUUUUAUAUUCGGUAUGUUCUAUUAUAUCUUAAUGUCUGUUUUAUUCAGACUAAAUUCACCUUUGCCAUCAGCCAUGUGCAUUUAUGACUGUGUGUGUGUGUAUGUUUUUCCUGUGUUUUCACUGCCAUUCAUUAUUUCAAAACCUUCCUUUGCUCAGCCAAAUCACUGACAGUAUAAAAUCAGGUAUUAUCAAGCAGUAAUUUCCUAAGAUGAGAGGAGCAGUGCAUCGUACAAACACUGACUCCAGUCUGCGUGUGGUUGUUUUUGUCGGCCUCGCUGCUGGGUCACACAGUGUCCCCUCACCUGGCUGCUGUUUCAUGGAAGCAGCAGAAAGGUAGUCAGAGAAGGAACACGUUCAUGUUUUAAAGGAGCCAGUCUGUGUUAAUACUUUUUAUCUCCAAGGAGCUGUUACAGGUUUAACACAGGUUCAGGUGGGAUUGUUGCAUUCUGGCUUAUAUUGGUGACAUUGUUGGGAUGGGACAGUAGAAGUAAGGCACAGUGAUGGUUUCUACACUGCCAGUCUCUGCUGUGUGUUGUAAGAUGGCCAUGCUCACAGCCUCAGAGCAGAAACCCUGAAUAUAUGACUACCACUGGUCAGACCUGUAAGUGUGACAGCAGCUGUGCCAGGUGUGGUCUCGUGGAUCUGCUGGAGUUUGUCAAUGCAGUCAGCUCUUACAGUGUAUUCUGUGAUGUUUAUGUUUCUGGCACGUCUCUUUCGUUUGGUGGCAAAAUAUAACAUCUGAAUAUUUUCCAGUGUUGACUUCAUUUCAUUUUUAGCUCUGCAGGUAUGUUUUCCGUCUGUUACAGGGGCCUCGAUCUUACACUUGAAGAUGAGUUUACUUGCCAGUACUGCUCAGCUUGUGAAAACAGUUGCAUUUAAUGUCUUCUGUGGUGGAGGGAGCUGGAGAAAAGAGAAAAUAACCAUGAUGAUGUCAUGGCGAUGUCAGUGGAUGUAAGCGUGACCUCGAAUUCUCAAAGAAAGCCUGCGUUAAAAAAAAAGAGGAUCUAAUGAAAGAUGUGAUUGUGUUGCAUUAUGGGACAUUUGGGCUCAAGUGUUUAGGAAACUAGCGUUGCGUUUGAAUACUCAUUUUUUGUUUAGGAAGCUAACUGAGCUGUUUGAAUUCUCUCAAUGCUAAGGAAAGGUGCUUCCUUUCUGUUCUCCUUUAGCAUAGGGUACACUGACCAUCCUUUAUGAAAGGAAAGGAGAUAAAGCCAUCCCACAACUCCUUUUAGCGACCACGUCAGGUCCAUGUCAGUAACAGCUGCUGUUGCAUCAUCAAGUAGCCCAGUGUAAGUCAGAUUCUCUAUCAGCACCACGGUUGUCUUUUGCUAAGUUGCUAUGAAUUCUUCUUCACAAUUUGUGGCGAGCAAUUCAUAACAAGUGUUUAGGAAAAGACAUGGGACGUCAUUUUAUUUGACUAUUCCACCGCUGCCUAGAAGUCAGGAUAUCUCUGCAUGUGAUGCAUCAAUUUUGACGAUUCUCCUUUUAAUCUGUAGUGAGUCACCCAACUUUGUCAAAGUGCAAUUCUAAAUUGCUGGAGGACUCUUUUAAAGCUGCCAAUGCAAUCUGCUCUCUUAAUUUUCAUUGGGUUGGAGGUGUCUUUUUUUUAAAAAAAAAACAUUUUUUUUUAUUAAAUAUUUUUAUUUUAUUUAAUUGACUUAAUCUCAUGACUGACUUAUUUAUUAGUUCUUUAUAUCUUACACUAUACAACUGGUUGACAGCAAAUGCACUUGCAUUUAAAGAAUACAAAGAUGUGUAAGACUUUUUGUUGGUAUUGUUUCCAGGUGAUAAUUUAAAUUCCACUUGUACUUAAAAGUUCCAGAUGAUUCCGCUCAGAUGGUUAAAAGUGGUGCGGCCAAGUUAAUGUGGAAAUGGCCACACGUGUCUGGCUUGUUGUGCUCUCGAGGUGUUUAGACAUUGCGGCCAACAUGAUAUAUUCAGUGUAUGUGGGUCCAACUGUGAUAAGAUAAAUAUCAGGCUCUGAUCAUCUGACCAUACUCAUUGAUCAACCAAUCACCCAGGCUGUCCAUCAUGUUUGUGCACAUUCAUCAUUUUGUUUCUCUAAGAAUUGAUUUCUCUUUGUUGGUGGAGGCCAAAUGAACUCUGGAGGUUAAGUGAAGCACUAUAGGUGUUCACCUGUAGUACUCUGUAUCGGUGUAACCCAGGCACAGCUGUUUGUGUACCUGUUGGUACAGGAGGAAAUGGCAAUAUGGCCAUUCAUACAGUAGUCAGUGUAGCAGGGAUGUGAAGGUCAGUGUCAAGGUGUCUCUACAUGGUGGUAAUCGUAUAAAUCAGCUUUUAAAUGUGCUGUUAAGCCGGAUCAUUUUACAAAUGCUUUCCUACCUUCAGUUUCCUCUUACAUUCUGUCCUCAAAACAUUGACGCAGAUUUUUAACCAAAGGACAAACAGGAUUUUUUGCUACCCAAAAUCAGCUUUUGCUUCAUCAUGGCAAUCACUUACUGAGAGUUGACUUCAGUAUUUUUUCAGCUGGAGAACAGCUGUAUAAACCAAGUAUGACUUCACAUGUGUUUCCCCUUAUUUGAAUGUCGCUCCAUUCAUAUUUUUAUUGAUGUCAUUUCAUUGGUCUUCGGUUCGACUUGUGUGACACCCGGCCGGUCUGACGCUCAACUUUAUCUUUCUUAAAUUAAUUAUUUUAUUUACUGUAAGCAAAUGAAACCUUUUCAAAGUUACUAUAUUGUACAUUUAAGAUGUUUAGAAACAUGUUGAGUGUUCUUAAGUAUUUUUGGUUAGAGGAAUAUUUAAGGAAUUGUUAUUGCCAUAUAGGAGAGAGAGUUUUGGGAUAGAGAGGUAUUUUCUGUCUUUUCUUGCUGUGGCUUUCGUGCAGUUGGUUGUUUUCUAGGCUCUCCCCCGGUAGCUGUUGUGUGUCAACUUCUGUGUCGCGGUGCAAGUUGAUGCAACUGCGUUGCAUUGUCUCCCUUUGAGUAGACAGGAAGUUUCCAGAAAAUAACGUGAGGCCGGUGCGUCUCUGGCGGUUUGAUGUGUGACGUUUUAGCCCUGCAGCUCUGUACUGCCAUGUUCUCUGUCUGGUGUUACAGACGGCCACUAGAGAGAGCUGGAGCUCCUGUGGUCGGCUGAUCGAGCGCGACACUGAUGCUGCGUCUGAGCAGAGGGGUCUCACCCUUAGCUACUGCUGUUUGGUACAUUCCAGUUUCCCUAAAGUUAAGAGUCGCUCAUGGGGAGGCAGAAUAUAUGAGAUACUACUAUUAAAAAAGAAACCUGAUUAUUUUCUGUUUCGUUGCAUGGCACCCAGGAAACACCUCUGUGCCGUCUUUAACCAACAUGGUGAAUCCUGCCCAGCCUGGACCCUGUGAAAGGGAUGUGGGAGUUGUGAUUGUCCCCACAUACUUUAGGCUUCCCUUUGUGCACAUUUUAUUUUGUGUUUAUAGAUUCUCUUAUACAGCUGUAUGAUUUCAGUAUAUUAUUCUUAAACUGUGCAAUGGUUUGUGUUGAGUUGUACAUUUGUCUAGAGAAAAGUUGUGCUCUUUGAUGCUGAAAUGUGCUUCACCUUGGUUCAAAGACAAUUAAAGUUAUA